CGACGAGUAAGGAAAAUUGGUCUUCAAAAAACAGGGAUGAUAGACCCCAAAUCGCCUGCAGAGUUCCCCUACAAUCCGCGAACAAUGUAGAUGUGACUGAAGGCGGAUUUUUGACGGGUGCGGGACAGGAGGAUUGCAAUAAUAAUGGUCUGGCUAGGGCCUAUUUGUUAGUUGGAUGGGUCGGAUGGGUAAAGAAAGAAUCGAUACUAUUCUCCCCCUGGGCAAGCGUGCGACAAGGCGGGACUUCAAAACCCAUUAUUAAGUCUGACAGUCUUGACCCGCAAUUUCCGGACGAAGAAGCCGUCCAACAGGACGCUGCGUAUAGGUCGCUGUGUUACGAUUGGGCGUUGCGAUUGGGCGAUCAUUAUGAGUUGCAUAAAACUAGAUCUUUCACGAAACUAGUACAUCUGUAGAGGAAACUGAUAUUAGCAAGAAAUGUUGUGGAAUGGGCGCUCAAGCUCUCCGUCGCAGGUUAAAUAUCUAGCAUGCUCUCACUACCUAGAUCUUUACCCCGUUCAACUUAACACUUAUUGUUGUUUUCUUGUUUUGAACUGCCAAAAUGUUUCGCAAUCGAAACAAUUCUCAGCAGCCAAACAAAGAGCUUUAUUCUGAUUUCAAGAGAUCAUAUCCUGAUCCUAGUUGUUGGAAUGCUUCGCCAUUGCUCGCCGCUACUCAGAAAGCUUGGAUCUACCCGUUCAUAAAUCAGAUCGGGCACUCGAGGCUCGUUAAGGACAGUGAUAUAAAGGACCACGGCCUAGCUAUAAGCAAGUUGCUUGAUCAAUGGGAAAUCAUAUCGGCCCCUUUAGAUUUAUCAAGUCUAUCCACUUCUACUUCUAGGACUGGAGGAAUGGCGGCCGCUUCUGACCCAAUCUUCUUGCCAACUCCUGGCCCUUUUUUAGCAAAUCCUGGAGUUGUCGAUCCGAGAGCCCUUCAACUGAAAUUGUGCCAACUCCAGUUCAAUGAAACAAAGCAUGUUAAAAAUCCGCCAGCUGAUCCUGACUCAUUUGUCCUUCAAAAUUCGGAACAUGGCCCUGUGGACCGUCAUAGUGACUUGAAUGCUCAUGUUAACCAGCCACAGUCUCGGGAGGUGGCAGCCCUCAUGCCUGGAUUGACGGAGCACAUAGACCUUGAUAUCAAUAAGGACAAUGAUAAAUUUCGUUACAAUGUAACUCUUUGUGCCCCCACAGCCAUGGUAGAACACAAAGGCGAGGUCCCGAUCACAUAUCUAAGCAAGGGACAUGUCUAUCAUAUGUCUGUGGUGGAUUCCACACCUCCGAAGUCUUCCACCCAUCCCAUCAAAUACCGCACGUACGUCCAUGUGGCCUUUGAGGAUCCCGAAAAACGCUUGAACCCCGAUCCUUGCUGGCAACUGUGGAAGGAGCGUCGUGGAUUGAGUGAAGCUAGCCGGCGAGGUGGCAAGGUCCAGGCUGUCGAGUAUAUAAAUCCCAACCAAGGAAGAGAUAGAAAAGCGCGACCCUCAGAGGUGGAAUUGGAAACUACAUCCCUUAAUGGGUUCUGUGUUUCUUGGACUUCAUGUACGGAGGCGAAGAGCAUAGGCUGCACAAUAUUGAUCCGGUUGAAUUUUCUUUCAACAGACUUCAAUCUUGCAAAGGGCGUCAAGGGUGUUCCUGUCAGACUAUGCGUGAGGACAGAAAUGGUCUACCCAGCUAAUAUAUAUUCUGCUCUUGACACAAUGAAGAUAUAUUACUACUGUAAGGUGAAAGUUUUCCGAGAUUAUGGAGCGGAGCGUAAAUUGUCCAAUGAUAUCGCUCAUGUCAGAAAGGCAAUUCACAAACUCCAGCAACGGAUUUCACACGAGGAGACGAAAGCACAUGAUUUUGGUAAGAGGAAACGAGAUGCUUCAUCUAUGACCAUUGAACCGGAGAACCGACCAGCAAAGAUUUCAAAGAAUUAUGAUGCAAAAGCACGGUCUGGGAAAGAGCGUCUUCUGCUCGAGGUGGCCAUGAAACAGGAUAUGAUUUCAUCAACUUCGCCCGUCAGCCUACUCAACCUGAGGGAAGACAACCAGGAUACUGUGGAUUUUUCUGCUGCUUUUGUCUUGAAUGAAACACAGAAGAGCGAGAGUGAGCUUUUUACGCACCAAGCCGAUGGCACAUUCCUGCCAACCAUCUAUAUGGAAGCUGGGACAUUAGAUACCUCCUCUUCAACCCCCAGAGAUGAUUAUGUGAAUUCUCCAUUGCAGGCCUGUAGACGCGAGCAGUCAACUUUCCGAAAUUCAUCCAUUGAUGUCGAUUUUCAGCAUGGCCUAACAGAUUGGUCCAGAAUUUUGCGACUAAGAUCAGAAAACCAGCUGCUCACUGCACAGAUGGCUCCUCCGGCCCAGCCCAUCAAUAUGCAGAAUCUUUUUUUUGAAAAAUUAAAUGGGAGGAUUGAGGCAGUGGAUAUUGAUGCUACAUGCAGCCUGUCCUCACGUCACUUGGCAAAGUCUGUUGCUUGCUUCUAUGUUCGAUUGCGACAUACGGACAUUCAGAAUGUUGAUGGGUAUUAUCAUGCAGUCUAUAUUGCGCAGCGAACCGUGACAAACCUUCUCAAUAGCAUUUCAAAAAUGUCUGGGGUCAGUCUUUCAGAGAAAACACGAGUCUUUCACAUAACCCCGAACGGCCUAAAGGUAAUCAUUGACGAUCGUGUCGUCCAGGAGCUGCCAGAAGGACAGGAUAUGACUGCUGAAUUUGUCGGAGCUCAUAAUGUUGAUAUUGAUCUUCUUAGCUGCUUGAACACUUCAUAUCCCGAGAUUAUGCUCUUCUUUUGAUGAACAAUAUUGAUAAUCGUGACAAACCCUUUAAGUGCCGCGUUACGAUUGGGAAUUGAGAAUUGUUCAAAAUUGCGUUACGUUAUUUUGUUUUUUGAGUGAUAAGCUUAGCUCACUGAAUUGGAGCUGCUUUUAAUAUUUGAUAGUGAUUCCUGAAUAUGAUGCCGAUGAUUUUAUUUGGA